UCAUCACCUUCUCCUUCAGGUUCUGCUAUGUCUUCUUACCUUGAACUUUGGCAUGCUUGUGCUGGACCUCUAACUUCACUCCCAAAGAAAGGGAAUGUGGUUGUGUACUUCCCUCAAGGACACUUAGAACAAGCUUCUUCUUUCUCUCAUUUCGCACCAAUUGAUGUGCCUAAUUAUGAUCUUCAGCCUCAAAUCCUUUGCAGGGUUGUUAAUGUUCAGUUACUUGCUAAUAAGGAGAAUGAUGAGGUUUAUACUCAGAUUACUUUGCUUCCCCAAUCUGAUGAGUUGGAAGAUAAGAAUUUGGAGGGUAAAGAGGUUGAGGAAAUUGGAGGAGAUGAAGAGGGAAAUGGAGUUCCACCUUUAAAGCCAACAACUCACAUGUUCUGCAAAUCACUCACUGCUUCAGAUACCAGCACUCAUGGAGGAUUCUCUGUUCCUCGCCGAGCUGCCGAAGAUUGUUUUCCUCCUUUGGAUUAUAAACAACAAAGACCCUCUCAAGAGCUUGUAGCAAAAGACCUUCAUGGUGUGGAGUGGAAAUUUCGCCAUAUUUAUAGAGGGCAACCAAGGAGGCAUUUACUCACUACUGGUUGGAGUAUGUUUGUUGGCCAAAAGAAACUUGUUUCUGGUGAUGCAGUCCUUUUUCUAAGGGGUGAAAAUGGAGAACUGAGAUUGGGAAUCAGAAGAGCUAUUAGACCAAGAAAUGGUCUUCCUGGAACAGUAAUUGGAAACCAAAACUGUUAUCCCAAUUUUCUUUCUUCUGUUUCUGAUGCAAUAUCCACCAAAAGCAUGUUUCAUGUUUUCUACAGUCCAAGAGCAAGUCAUGCACCUUUUGUUGUGCCAUAUCAAAAAUAUGUUAAAAGCAUCAACAAUCCUGUGACAAUUGGGACAAGAUUCAAAAUGACUUUUGAAAUGGAUGAAUCUCCAGAAAGAAGGUGUGGUGGUGGUACUGUGAUUGGAAUGAGUGAAGUAGAUCCAUAUAGAUGGCCUAAAUCAAAGUGGAGAUGCUUGAUGGUUAGAUGGGAUGAGGAUAUUGAUACUAAUCAUCAAGACCGAGUAUCUCCAUGGGAGAUCGAUCCUUUCGCUUCCCUCCCUCCUUUGAGUCUUCAGUCUUUCCCAAGACUGAAGAAACUAAGGACGGAUGGGCAAGCUGCCGCUCACAGUCACCUCAUCACUGCAGGGAGCAGUGGAUUGGUUGACUUUGAGGAGUCUGUAAGAUCACCAAAGGUCUUGCAAGGUCAAGAAAAUGCUGGUUUUCUGUCACUCUAUUAUGGAUGUGACACCUUAACUAACCGGCCGCGAUUCGAGAUGAGCCCUCUUCCACAUGUAGCAUCAACAACUGGAGUGAGGAGGGGCAACACUGCUGAGCUUAUGAGUGUUCAUCCAUUCAGCUAUGCAGGCUUCACAGAAACUACUAGGUUUCCAAGGGUCUUGCAAGGUCAAGAAAUAGGUCCAUUGAAAUCCCUUAGGGGAAAAGUUGAUUUGAGCCUUGGUUCUUGGGGCAAAUCCAACAAUAGUAUUGGUUGCACCACUUUCAACUUUCAUCAAGCAACCAAACCACAAGUUCUUGAAUCUUCUUAUUUUCCCUAUGGGGAUAUUCACAAGAAAACUGCUCAAACCAACAUGUUUUACUCGAAACCGACGAAUUUCCACAGAGAGAAUGUCUCCUUCAACACACAUUCCAAUCAAGGGGUGAUCAAGAGAAGUGAAGUUGGAAGAACAGAUGUUCCAAAUGAGCAUAAGAAGACAAUGCCGGGCGAAACUUGUGCGCCAGAUAUGAAGAUUCCAGAUGACAGCAAAAAUGUUAAGGCAAAGGUAAAUGGCUGCAAACUAUUUGGAUUUCCUUUGUCUGGGGAAACUACCCCUCAAAAUUUACAGAACACUGCAAAAAGGAGUUGCACUAAGGUUCACAAGCAAGGAAGCCUAGUAGGAAGAGCCAUUGAUCUAUCAAGAUUGAGCAGCUAUGCUGACCUGCUGAGUGAACUCGAGAGACUUUUCGGCAUGGAAGGCCUUCUUAGAGAUCCUGAUAAGGGAUGGAGGAUCCUCUACACUGAUAAUGAGAAUGAUAUAAUGGUUGUUGGGGAUGAUCCAUGGCAUGAGUUUUGCAAUGUGGUGUGCAAGAUCCAUAUACAUUCCCAAGAAGAAGUGGAGAAGAUGACAAUUGGGAUAAUCAAUGAUGAAACAAAUAGCAGUUUGGAAGAGGCACCAAUGAUUAUGGAGCCUUCAAAGUCCUCCUCAGUGGGUCAACCAGAUUAUUAUUCUCCAACAGUUCUCAAAGUCUAAAGUUUCAGGGCUGUAAUUGAGAUCAAUUAUGUUAUGUUAUGUUAUGUUAGCCUUGUUUCUCUCUUAUUCACUGCAUGCACUUUGAUGCUAUUUGUGUUAUGAUAAUUUAUCUUAUGAACUCUUCUUAAGCCCAGAAAAAUCUGAACUUUUAGCCAUAAAUAAGGGCUGUGCUAUUAGCAUUGUGUAAUAACCUAUAACUGCUUGAGUUACAUAUUCUAUGGAAUCAUGGUGAUAAUUUCUAAAUUUCAUGCCAUGAUUCCAU